AUAGCCCAGGCCACCCUGGGUAGGGGAAUGUGGGCUAGGGCUCCAGUACUGGGUCUGGAGCUCUGGGGACCUUCCUUUUUUUUAAAAUCCUUACCCGAGGCUAUUUUUCCAUUUACCUUCAGAUGGAGGAUGAGGGUGGGGGGCAUCAAUGUGAGAAAGGCAUAUUGAUUGAUUCCCUCCCCAACGACCCUGACCAGGGCCAGGGACCAAACCACAGCUGAGUGAAGUACGUGCCCUUGACUGGAAUCAAACAUGCGACUCCUUGUUCCGCGGGCCUACGCUCCAACUGCUAAGCCAAACUGGCCAGGGUGCUCUGGGGACCUUUCUAAUGAUUUGUGGGUCUUAGCACAUGACCACAUGGAAGCUCUUUGUGGGCGGACUUGACUGGAGCACCACUCAAGAGACUCUUCGCAGCUACUUCUCCCAGUAUGGAGAGGUUGUGGACUGCGUGAUCAUGAAAGAUAAGACAACCAACCAGUCUCGAGGCUUCGGGUUUGUCAAGUUUAAAGACCCCAACUGUGUGGGCACAGUACUGGCCAGCAGACCACAUACACUGGAUGGUCGAAAUAUCGACCCAAAGCCAUGUACACCUCGGGGGAUGCAGCCAGAGAGGACACGGCCAAAAGAAGGCUGGCAGAAAGGACCCAGGAGUGAUAACAGUAAAUCAAAUAAAAUAUUUGUUGGUGGAAUUCCUCACAAUUGUGGUGAGACAGAGCUCAGGGAAUACUUCAAGAAAUUCGGAGUGGUCACAGAAGUGGUCAUGAUCUACGACGCAGAAAAGCAGAGGCCUCGAGGUUUUGGAUUUAUUACUUUCGAGGACGAACAAUCAGUGGACCAGGCUGUCAACAUGCAUUUUCACGACAUCAUGGGCAAAAAAGUGGAGGUUAAACGGGCUGAGCCUCGUGACAGCAAAAGCCAAGUGCCUGGACAGCCAGGGGCCAGCCAGUGGGGGAGCCGAGUUGUGCCCAGUGCUGCCAACGGCUGGGCAGGCCAGCCCCCACCCACGUGGCAGCAAGGAUAUGGCCCACAAGGAAUGUGGGUGCCAGCAGGACAGGCAAUUGGUGGCUACGGACCACCCCCCGCGGGAAGAGGAGCUCCCCCUCCACCCCCGCCGUUCACCUCUUACAUUGUGUCCACCCCUCCUGGAGGGUUCCCCCCUCCACAGGGCUUCCCACAGGGCUAUGGCGCACCCCCACAAUUCAGUUUUGGCUACGGGCCUCCACCUCCACCGCCAGAUCAGUUUGCACCACCGGGGGUCCCCCCUCCACCUGCCACUCCUGGGGCAGCACCUCUGGCCUUUCCGCCGCCUCCAUCUCAGGCUGCCCCAGAUAUGAACAAGCCCCCAACGGCACAGCCAGACUUCCCCUACAGUCAGUAUGGGCUGUGGUCACUGAGCACGUGGGUUCUCGACCCUGCCUGGAACAGGACGUGUUGGCGGCAGACAUGUUAUGGACAGGACUUGGCCGGCUUUGGGCAGGGUUUCUCAGACCCCAGCCAGCAGCCGCCCUCCUAUGGGGGCCCCUCGGUGCCAGGCUCCGGGGGCCCCCCUGCUGGUGGAAGUGGCUUCGGACGAGGUCAGAACCACAACGUGCAAGGAUUCCACCCCUACCGACGCUAGCUAUCUGGUGCCACGCAGACAGCUAGAUGGCCGAAACCCAGGAUUUGAAACUUGUGAACUCGUGACAAUCACAAACUUGGCAGAAAAAUCGCGAUUCAACCUUGGGGGGAGGGGCAGACGUGAGGCUUCUAGAGGUGGCUGUGGGUGUCUGGACUGAAGUUUUUAAAUAUAUUUCUUUCUCUAACCCAUCAGCACAAUAAAAAAAAAAAAAGUCACUGGUUCAACAACAGGGUUUUAAAAAAAUGU